AUGCAGCCUCGACCUGUUCGACUUGUGCCACAGCUGGUGCCACAGCUGGUGCCUGAUGCAGCUAGCCAUGUGGCUCCGGCCACUGCCGCCCCAAUAGCUAUGGGCUCCCAUGGUUCCUCCAUGGCACCGAGAAUGGUCAUGGGCUCAAUGGGCUUAGUGUCAGCCGCUGUAGCCUGCAGAAAGCAUAGAAAGCUUUCAGGGAUCAGGUCCGUCAAUGCCAACCUCACGCGUUGCCGCGCCGAAGGGGAAGCAGAUCCCUUGUUGGCAGAAGCCAAAGCUGCGGCGGAAGCGGCCAAACUGCAGCUGGAAGCUGCGAAGCUUCGAGCAGAAGCAGAUGAGCUGCGCAAAGCCACAGCCACUGCGCAGCGCAAGGAACGAGCUGUGAGGAUUUUGGGGUCUGACGAGGUGAUGGGCAUUGGAUUGCCGGAACUCAUGGCACGACUUCAAGAAGAAGGAACUGAAUUGACAGGUGAACAAGGCUUGGCACUGGCACAGGCCAUGGGUUUUCAGGAAGAGCCAUACUUCUUCCGCUUGGAGGACUUGGCGUCCGAAGCCUUUGACAAGAAACUCUCUGCGAUCCAAGCAGAAAAUGUGAAGGCGAGGCAGGCGGAAGCCAAGAAGCGGGAAGAAGAACGGGCAAACCAAGCGGCCAAUGCGGCAAACGCGGCCAGUUCAACGACAGUUUCACCUGAAAUGGGAGAAGUCGUGAACGACGAUCGCAGUUUGGGUCCGCGACUUACCGGAAGCCUCGCCUACAUCUUGCCGUUGACUGAGGCCUUUAAAUUCAUGCUGCCACUGGUGCAGCAGUUCCACCCUUUAGGGGUGAUCUUUGGACCGAUCACCCUGUUGACAGUGCUCCUGAAUACCAUCCCCUUUAUUCCACUCAUUCUCUUCGUGACAUUCAUCAUCUUUGCGCAAGUGAAGGACAUUCCGCGCCUGGUUCGCUUCAACUUGGAGCAGGCGGUCCUGAUUGACAUGGCGCUGACACUUCCAAGCUUCAUCCUAUCGACCCUGGAAUUUUCUGGGAACUUGGAGGUCGCUUCUAUCCUUGGUGGCCUUACCUUUGCAUUGACCUUCGGCAUUUCGGUGUACGCAGUCCUGUGCAAUCUUGACGGCAAAGAUCCUGAUGGAGUUCCAUUGAUCUCCAACGUGACGAAGAACGUGGUAGACCGAGGAACGUUUUUCGAUCCUCCAAAAGAGGACAAUAAAUGA